GACCGAAGUUUCAAACACUAAUGGACUCAUUGAGUAUAAUUUGAGAUAUACAUACAGCAUAAAGCCAGGUAAUGGUAACAACAGAUGGAUAAAAAGGCUUCUCAAGAUAUGAAAUUAUUAAUGUACGCUAAACUUCCCUGAUGUUAUAACUGAAUGGUCUGAGGAGCACAAAUGAUGCCAAUAAGCCUCUGAUUUUUAGGUUUAUUGCUUAACUUUAACGCUAUAACUGUAUGGGCUCAUAUUCUCUCAUUAAACCAAUAAAAUUCAGGGUUGAGAACUUUUAUAAUCAGUGAUACAAAUCACGGUGAAAUUUCUAUACCAUCAAAACGAACUGACGAGCAGUAAAACUAAACUAUAAUAAGCCAAUUUCAAUUAUGAAAUAUU